AUGGGCGCAACCAAGCAAGUCGCUCUGGUGGUGGGCGCAUCAAGAGGCAUUGGCCGUCAAAUCGCCAUAGACUUUGCAAAGAACGGUUAUGCCGUCGUUGUGGCCGCAAAGUCAACAAGUGACGCUUCCAAAACCACACCUUUCCCGCCAGACCCCAACUCGCAACAAUCAACCAUCAGCACAGUAGCCCGCGAGAUCCAGGAUGCCGGAGGCGACGCAACCCCGAUCGCCGUAGACGUUCGGGAUCCGGAUAGCGUCGCCCGGCUAGUGGAACAAACAAUCAAGAAAUAUUCUCGCCUUGAUGUUCUCGUCUAUAACUCGGGCGCAAUCUGGUGGGCUUCAAUCGAGGACACGCCCCCCAAACGAUUUCAGCUCAUGCAGCGCGUCAACCCGGAAGGUCUGUAUUUAACCCUCCACGCCUCGCUCCCGCACCUCAAGCGGGGAGGUAAGGGCCGCAUUGUGGUCGUCAGUCCGCCAAUCUACAGCCGCUUCUUCCGCGGCAAGACGGCGUACGCGAUGGGGAAAGUCGGCAUGAGCGUCCUCACCAAAGGUCUAGCCAUGGAUUUUGACCGGCAGGGCUUAUCUGAGAUGGCCAUUACCAGUAUCUGGCCAGCAGUGGCCAUUGAAUCCGCCGCAACACAGAAAUUCCAAGCCGCAAACCCAGAUGAGGCAAAGGACUUACGAAAGCCCACAAUCUUCUCUGACGCUGUGCUUGCAAUCGUGCGCGCCCCGGCCAGCGCAGUAAACGGCGAGCUCGUGUUGGAUGAAGACUUCCUACGGGAACACGCCGGCGUGACGGACUUUUCAAAGUACGCUCUCGUGCCGGGCUCGAAUCCGCGAAGGAUCAUGCCCGCCGAGCUGCCGAACUUAACCGUCAAGGAACAGGACGACGAGGGGAAACGUUAUAACAGUGCAAAGGCCAAGAUAUGA